CGUCGUCUCGUCGACGACGCGCAUCCUCCGUCUCUUCGAACCGCCGCCAGCUCGCGCGGUGCCCAUGGCACCAGCAAAGGCAAAAAAAUGGCCGAAAGGUGGAAACCACCCGUCUCCUUCGUCGGCGAUGGUCGCAGCUCCUACGAUCUCGAAAGAAGAGGCCGAGGCCGAUAAGUUAGCUAUGCUACAGCUGCAACACGCCGACAUAGAGCGCCAACGGAUCUUGUAUCAAGAACAGGAAGAGCGACGGACGAUGCUUGCAGCGGAAGUGGACUCGACAUUAUGUGGCACAAUUGCGACCACCGGCGUGAUCGACGUCUUUCGAUACCGAGUCGUGUCGGCGAUGUGGCUCGGGGUUGUCGGCGACUGUACGCGACAUGCAGACAGCAAGCUGCAGUGGGGUUUCCACGGGCGCAGGCAACCCUGCUCUGCACAGUCAUGUCCGCCGUGCUCGAUCCACAAGUGGAAGACUUUGACGGGCUUCAUGCAGGGUUUACGUCAUUGCUAUUGCAAUGGUAUCAAAAUGGUACGUUUCGGCGAAGCUGCCGAAUGCCAGAUAGCUGGGAAUGAGCAAAUCAUGGUUGUUGUGGACUCAACUCGGCGAGUUGAGCAGGGUUAUUGUCUGCGUCGAGUCGACCACGAUCGCUGUCGACGUUUGAAGCACUGGAAAUGGCUGCGCUGCAGGGAACAUGUCCCCCGGCCACCGAGGCACUUCCGCAUGACACGCUGCUGUCGCGGGCCCUCACGCUUGUACGGUGGAGGAUGUCGCUCGCUGCAUAAAAUCCAUGCUGGUGAUCGCAGGUGCUGCUGCACUCGUUGGCUCCCCAACAUGCCAUGGACUUGGCCAUGGCGACAGUCCAGAACUCUCCCCCCGAAGUUCAACAAGUUGCGCGCUACUUGGGCAUGCUUGUCUUGGGAUGCAUUCAAGGCGUAAGCAAGGAAGCGCUCAUGCGACCAAGCUUCAUCGCUCGUGGGUUUCCGUCAGACUACUGGACGACCCAUGUCGCUUGCGGCCCCGUUCAGCGAGUGCUGUCCAUGCUUCCCGAUAUUCCAGUCCCAACCGACUACAGUCCUAGUGCGCAUGUUGUUUCGUCGCUCCACGUGAUAUUGAGCUUGUUCGGAGCCGCAACGUCGAUCCAGAACGGAUUGGAACGACUCGAGGAUGGAUUUUACCACGCCCACACUGCCGUGGCGACCUCCCUUGGCAUCUUGUGGGGAGCGCACUACGGCAUUGACGCUCGAUGCGACCCAUGGUCAACCAUCGUCGCCGAGACAUCGCCGAUUGUUCUUGGCGAUUUGCUGCAUUUGAUCUUCCAGAAUGGCUAUGUCUUUGCGCUGCGCGUGAAGGAGGGGCUUGGUGGCCGAGCCACGACAUCUGUACUAAAUUCGCCAGCGACCAGCCAAAGAAGUCGACGCGGCUCGUUUUCGGGAAGCGCUUCGUCCAUCGUCUGGUCCUUGUACGCGGCGGCAUGCAAACCAAUUCAGUUGAUCGCGGCGCGUGCAAGGGCGACUGCUCUUGAAGUCGACCCGUGUGCCAGCCAUGACAACCAGACACUAGCUCAUGUCAACUGCGUCGAUGGACGUCCCCCGCACUCGUACAUGGAUCAAACCGAGAUGGCGGCUGAAGUGACAGACUUCUGGACAUCUUACAACAAUCGCGCGGCAACUUUGGUGCCGCCGCCACCCGUAGGGAUGCCACCCCCAGAAUAUCCCACGUCGACAUCAACUGCGGGAGACCCAAAGCUUGUCACUGUUGACAGUUCCAACGCCAGCGGAGAUGGACGACCCGCGAAAAAAGGAGGAGCCAUUGUGGUCGAAGGCAAAGCUACCUCAGGACGAGGAUCGCCAACGAGACCCGCCAGCCGGCAUAAAAACACAAAGUCGAAAAAGGACAAGAAAGCGUUGAUGCCAACUCCCGAUGAGGUUGCAAGACAGGAACUCCAACUUGAGCUCUCCGAUCGAUAUGCUCAUGUGCGACGGUCUAUCCAGACACACUUCGAAACGUUGCUUGCCAUGUGCACCACCCAAGUCGCCGAUGCAUUCCAACGUGCCGGUGCUGUCCAAUCAUGGGCAACACUGUCUGCCAUGGCAACGACGUUGCAAUCAAACCAGGAGAAGUUACAGCAGCUCCAUGCCAAACUCGCCGGAGACGGAACAACGGGCCAACUCCAGGUGCCGAAAGCCGCGCUUGCCGACAUGUGCCAUUGUAGCAACCUGAUCACCCUCAAGACCGCCACUUGCAGGACAGACAUGCUCCACGACAUGUACUUCUGAUCUGCGUACAGCUCAAUGGACGCAUGCCUUAUCUCGGCGUCAACCAUGAGCUGAAUGACAGCGAGGUGUCGCAUUUUCGCGAUCUUGACGCCAUGUGAAAACGUGAAUAACCAGGAUAAAAAGUGAGCAAAAUGUUAUUAGUGUGA